UUUUGAUUCCUUCCAAUUUUACCCCUUAUAUCAAUUUUAAAGGACUAUUCUAUCCUUUUUUUUAUAUAAAAAAAAUAUUUUGGGGUUAUUACAGGAAGCCAAUGAUCAUUCUCCACGAAUUCGGAGCGAGCUGCGCAGGUAUGAGGCGUUAAGUCGCCGGAAGCUCGUUCAUGAAUCCGUGAAGAGGGAACCUCAGCCCGGCUCAGAGCGUCUCCACAUACGCCCCGAUCCGACCUCGUGGAGGGUCGGUGACUCGAGCCUCGGGCCCCGGGAGUUCAAGAAUAAACUCACGCAGGUAGAAUAACUGGGCCCGAACCAAGCCCAGCUCCUCUUCAGUCAGACUCGAGCUGAUACCACCCGGACCGUGGUCCAGCUCGAGCUUGGCCUCCUCCACAUAUGAAGAAGCCCGAGCUCAGAACGGACCCAUGCCGGGCUCAGGAGCUCUUGCAGGAGAACCCAUUGCAUUUGACAUCAAGGGCUCCGCUUUACUCAGAAAAUCAAGAAAAGAGGACGAGAAGACGAAGAAAAAGAUGGAAAAAAGUGAACACCCUCCUAGCGACCGAGAAGGAAAAGACACCUACCUAAGAUGUCACCAGAAAGGAUAGCUGGAAAAAAAGAGAGACCGCCUGGAAUCGAAGAUGAAGGACAAGAGUCCGCUGCAAAACUCGCCGGAAAGCACCAAGAAUACUCGAAGAACUUGAGGGCGACGGCAGGGAGGAAGAAGAAUGAGAGUGAUGGAGGACAAAUGGAGGCCCUAAGACAUCCCCAAGCCCUUAUAUAGCCUACCUCAACGGCUCUGAUCGGCCUGCCCGGACGGCCGAGCAGCCAUAUCACGCCACGUGGCAAGCCCAGAAGUUUCCUCAGCAGAUCUUCCUGUAUCGCGGUGCUAAAGGCCGGUCAUCAUGAUGGCCGUCUCGGGGAGCGGGGCAUUGAUGAUUGACCCCUCGCGUACCGUCAGAUAACGCCUCGGAAGGGAGCGCGCACGCAACGCAUUGAAGAGCUCUCUUAACCACUUCCGUUAACAGCUCGAACCACUCAAGCUUGACUCGGGAAGCUCGACCUGAAGCCGAUUAGCUCCAAAGAUAAGAAAGAUGCAUCCCACACGGCACAUACACCUUCACGGACAUGUGGCUGUAGCACAGAACGAUCCACAGCUCAGUUACUUCCUUCGCUCGAGCCAAAGAACGACUCGAACUCGGAAGUCGGAGGGCAAAUGAUGGGAGGCAAAAUGGAUCGUCCUACUCUGGCAUGAAGUCACCCAACGGCCUAAACCGGCCCUCCGAGGCCCUCCGCUGGCGGCGGAGGCCUCUCCUUCUCCCUCCCCUGCUCGUUCUCUCUUUCACCUCGUCUUCUCCGACUUCGGCUCUCGGUACGGGCCCGGUACCAAGAACGAUGAACCAGUCCGGUAGGCCACCGGUACGCCUACUGGUACCGGUUCGGAAUACCUUGUUCUUAAUUCAUAAUUUCAUAUUUACUAGCAGCAACAUGCUGCUUAAGUCAUGGGCAUGCUCCUACAUUAAUUAACGUAAAAGUUACUAAAUACUAUGCAAUGGACAUGUUAAAUAACAAUCAUCACAUAUAUCAGGAGUGGAGAAAAAAACAUUAAAUUUCAAACUCGAAAGGGAUCUUUGUAAUUCUUGAAGAAUGAGGGGCAAAAGAAUCUCAUGGUUGUAUUUAUUUAAGGAUAAUAUAAUAAUAUCCAGUUUUACCCAAAAAAGAAAAGAAUGAGGGGUAAAAGGAUUGAUCGAGAAAUCUAGCCCUUUGGUGCUUAUAUCAAAAUUUGUUUAUUAUUCUAAGAGAAUUAAACUGCUUUAGUUUUAUCAUAUUUCAACAAUGGUUGCUGAAAAAAGUACAUAUGAAAUAGUGAUCAUUGUCAAGUUUCAACAUCAAAGCUUGAUGAAUAUGCCCAGUGUUGCAAAAUGAACUGAUGAACCUGCAUAUCCACUGCAGAAGCGUAAGUCAAGCAAUUCAUUUCCAUAACAAUUAGGCCUGGUGAAAAGAUUCUGGAGACAUUUAUUGGAACGUGAGGUUGUCUCACCUUCUAAAAUGAAAUUUUUAUUUUUGAUUCUCAAACAUUCGAGGGUUCUCUUCUGCAUCAAAACAAAUCAUCUUUUUUCAGGGUUUAGAUGGUGAUAUAUUAUGGGUUUCCAUAUCAAAUAACCACUUAAAUUCACUAGCUCUCUGCCCAUUUAAGUUUGUUGGAAAGGUAUGCUUCAAUUUUGUUCAAAUCAUAUUUCAAGCAUAAAGCACGCUCGAUUGUAUUGUCAGUUGAGCAUGCCUACUUUUGACCAUGUUUUCUAUGAAUUUAUUAUUUUGCUAUUAUAGGGUCAUUUUAGAUGAAUUUGUCACUGUUGGCGGUGUUCCAUUUUCAGAGGUUCAUAUUUUUCUUAAUGUAUCUAUUGGCAAAUCUUUUUUUACUGUUCCUUGUUUAUCUAAUUUUGUUCUUUCUUUUGUAAUAUCACUUGACACCAUGGAGAGCAAGAUAAGGCCAAAUAUUUUCUUUGCAGGAGAGGUAAUAUUUGGGCCUGUUUAGAAUUAUUUGUGCAAGUGCGUCACACGAAGUGUAUUUUUGGCAGGUACUAAAUAUUGAUGGACUUAUUUUUGGCUGGUACUAAAUAUUGAUGGACUUACUGGUGGAUCCAACUUUCAGGUUUAUAUUGUUUAUAUGGGGGACCAGAAUUUGGAGGAUUAUUCGGCUGAGACUCUACAUCUCAAUUUACUUGAUCAAGUGCUCGAAAGCAGUUCAGCUCGUGAAUGCUUGGUCUAUAGCUAUAAAAGGAGCUUUAAUGGAUUUGCUGCCAAACUUAUGGAUCAAGAGCGAAAAAAGCUAGCUGGCAUGGGAGGGAUAGUAUCAGUGUUCCCCAGUAGAACCCUAAAGCUUCACACCACAAGAUCAUGGGACUUCUUAGGUUUCACCAAAACUGCAAGGAGAAAUCUAGCAUUGGAGAGGGAUGUCAUUGUUGGGAUGUUUGACACAGGAAUCUGGCCUGAAGCCAAAUCUUUUAGCAAUGAGGGGCUUGGUCCACCACCAAAAAGAUGGAAAGGAGCCUGCCUAAAUUUCACAUGUAACAAUAAAAUUAUUGGAGCCCGUUACUACCAUUCCUCAGUCUCUCCCCCGGGUGAGGAACUCUCAGCACGUGAUUUCCAAGGCCACGGCAGCCACACUGCAUCCACGGUGGCUGGGCAUGCGGUGGGGAACGCGAGCCUGUACAACCUGGCAAGUGGGACUGCCAGAGGUGCAGUACCCUCGGCUAGGAUUGCAGUGUACAAAAUUUGUUGGGAAGAUAGAUGCAAAGGUCAUGACAUCUUGGCCGCCUUCGAUGAUGCAAUAGCUGAUGGUGUCGACAUCAUAUCCAUUUCUAUUGGGUUUCGCUCUCCAGUUGCGUAUUUCGAAGACCCCAUAGCCAUUGGCUCCUUCCAUGCAAUGAAGAAGGGGAUUCUAACAUCAGCAUCAGCUGGUAAUGAGGGUCCAGGUCGUGGUACCGCAUCGAAUGUCGCUCCGUGGAUCCUGGUAGCUGCAGCUAGCACCAUAGAUCGGCAUUUCAUAGACAAAUUGUUUCUAGGAAACAGUGAGACUAUCGUGGGAAGUUCUGUCAAUACUUUCCCCACAGAGAAAAGGUUUUACCCACUACUCAUUUCUCUUGGUGACGGCAAUACGUCCGGAAGUUAUUGUGACCUAGGGUCCCUAAAUGAGAGUCAGGUGCGCGGCAAGAUUAUUCUGUGCCCAAGUACGGCUGAUGGAUCAGGACCUUUAAAAGCUGGCGCUAAGGGUAUGGUGAUGAUUGAUAAGAUAGAUGACGCAUUCACAUACCCUCUUCCAGCACUCGUUGUUCCUCUUAGCGAGCGCAAGAAGCUUAUACAUUAUAGCAACAAUGCCAGGAAACCUGUGGCUAACAUUCACAAAAGCGAAGAGGUAUUGGAUCCUAAAGCCCCUACUGUUGCUGCUUUCUCUUCUAGAGGGCCAAAUAACAUCACGAAGGACAUUCUGAAGCCUGAUAUAAGUGCUCCUGGAGUUGAUAUCUUGGCAGCAUGGUCCCCUAAGGCCAUGGUGUCAGAUUCUAAGUUGGAUACACGUUCGGUCAAGUACAACAUUAUAUCUGGAACAUCCAUGGCUUGCCCUCACGUGACAGGCAUUGCUGCAUAUGUUAGAUCAUUCCACCCAACAUGGUCUCCAGCAGCCAUCAUGUCUGCUCUGAUUACAACUGCUUCACCAAUGAAUCCUUCCUACCAUUCGGAUGCUGAACUAGCUUAUGGAGCUGGCCAGGUCAACCCAAGAAAGGCACGGAGUCCAGGUCUUGUGUAUGAUGCCACUGCAAGAGAUUACGCAGAAGUGCUGUGCCAUCAAGGCUACAAUAAGUCGAUGAUUAGGCGCAUAGCUGGAGAUGAGAUCACUUGUCCCAAGAAUGCAAAAGGAUCUGCAAGGGAUCUGAACUACCCUUCAAUGGCUGCCUACGUUCAUACAGAUAAAAGCUUUCGAGUGCAGUUUCCAAGGACGGUUACAAAUGUUGGCCAUUCAAACUCCAGAUACACAGCAAGGAUCAACUCCAGCUCCAAACUUAAUGUUACAGUGAAUCCCAAAGUGCUAUCUUUUACUAAAUUGUAUGAGAAGCAAAAAUUUGUUGUGACGGUUUCCGGGGGGCCACUCUCGUUUCGUUCGGUUGCCUCAGCUUCCAUCAUAUGGUCUGAUGGCAACCAUCAAGUCAGGAGCCCAAUAUGUGUGCACACAGACUAUAAUCGAGCUUCCCAUGUCUGAGGAAUUUGUUUCCUUUUUUUUAAAUUCAAUAAUGAGCGACUGAUAGCUUAAUUUUACUUCAGAUUUCAGCUGCUUCUUCCA